AUGGAACCAGCCCCGGCGUCGUACUUUGCCAAAGAGCUGGCCGUGGCCCUCGCCACUGCCCCCGAGCCACAUUCAGAAGAGGAGGCAGCGCUGUGGUCGCACAUCGUCCUGGGCGCCCGUCUCGAGGAGCGCCUCGUCACCGAAAUACGUACCCCGACCGCACCCCACACCCUCCUCCCUUAUCCUGGAGGCUCGGCUCCCUUUGAUGCCGCCAACCUUUCCAACCAGGAGGAGGAGGACGACUUGGAGCGCAUCAAGAUUCUCGGCCGCGUCGGGCCCAGCAUCAAGGCUAUCGACUUGGUCGCCGACGUGCCAGACACUCACCUCCUCCUCACCCUCGAGCCGCGCGUUGUUCGCCGCUCCCUUCCCAUCUUCUUCCCAUGGACGCCAGACGUGUUGGUCGACUUUGCGGACCUGCACACCCUCGAACCGUUGUUUGGUGCGUUGAUGGCACUGGAUCCACCCAUGGCCCGUCGCUGCUCGCAACACAUUGUGCACGUCAGCGACCUACUCCCCCUUGAAGGGAACAAGAAUGAUUAUGGCCUGCAGGUUCUCGGACUGCUCUGCGCCACUCGGGCGCAGAAUCUCGAUCUCGUUCUGCACGGUGAUCCGGUCAGACCCGAGCAAGAGUCAAAGUGGGCAGAUGCUUUCGUUGGCUUCAUGGUACGGCUCGCCGAACUCCUAGACGAGAUGGAUAUUUCCGUUAUCGGACUCGAGCUCCUCUUCCCAGGACCAGGACCCGAGGGCAACCACUCGGCCCUAACAGACCAGGAUUUGAAGAAUCACAUUGCUGAGGUGAAGAGGAAGGCUAGCGAAAUCGGUGUGGACGUGCCCCGUGACGGGUUUGCAAGGUUGCACUUCCUGACUGUAGACGAGUGGCUGGACAAGAGGGGGAUUGAUGACGAAAUGGCUCAACUGUGCUUUGUGCGGCCGCAGUACGACCAGCCCCUGGCGGAGGUGUUGUAUCUGCAGAGCCUGUAUCAGAUGGCGGGCGUGAGUCCUUAUGAGACGGUGCCAGAGUAG